AUGGACGAUCCUUGUUCUCUACCCAUUCACAAACCCGCUACAAAGUCGCAAACACUGGCACGUAACAACUUGGUAUUAGAGACAGGCAUGUCUGGCCACCGUCUCGAGUAUGUGGAGAAUGAGCUUGGCUCAUUGGCUGCGGGCCAAAAUCUAUUACUUAUUAAUUUUUAUUCUGAAACAGAUGAAGCUGUUGGAUCUUCGGACGAGGAACUCAGUGGGGGAGAAUUAGAUGCUCCGGAAUCAUUUUUAAAGGGUGAAGAAAGAGAUCUAAAAGAGAAACUGCUCCGAAAAUACAGUGGUUAUUUGAGUAGUUUGAAGCAGGAAUUUUCAAAGAAAAGGAAGAAAGGGAAGCUCCCCAAAGAAGCACGACAGAUACUCUUUGACUGGUGGACUGCUCACUACAAGUGGCCCUAUCCUACAGAAUCAGACAAAAUUGCGCUCGCCGAGACAACAGGUCUAGACCAGAAGCAAAUAAACAACUGGUUCAUAAACCAGAGGAAGAGGCACUGGAAGCCGGCCGAGAACAUGCAGUUUUCGAUCAUGGAUAACUCGUCGACAUCAUCAUUUUUCACCGAUGACUGAAGAUCGGCGGUUUUCUGCAACACUGACCAUUAUCUGACCUCCCAAUAGUCCAAUACAGUAUACGUAUUUGGCAGCAGCAUGCAGGAUGAUGACUUUAGUGUUUUUGUAUGCUCAGCUAAAUUUGUUUGUAUUAAAAGGUGAUUCAGAAAUCAAAACAUGCAUUUAUGAGAUGAGCUUUGGUUCAUAGACAAGGUGGGGCAUGGGUUCAGGAAGCUUAGGUGUUAUAAUGCUUUGCUAAUGUGUAUGAUUUUCUCAAGCUGAAUCCUGAGUCCUUCUGAUAGAUAUUAAGGCUGAGUCGAUCUAAAGCUUUGAACUCUUUGU